AUGCGCCUCGUUGCCAGUGCACUUCAACUGGCUGUUGCAAUUGGGCUGGGGGCUCGAUCGGCGCAAGCUAAGAGUUGCUACGUCGCACGGAUCCCAAAUGGAGGCAAUGUGCCGAGCGUUCCAGCCAUUGGGCACACCGAUGGAACGGGGAGAUCGUCCGCCACAAACGUGUUUGGCAAGGCUUUCUACAGCGCAGGGAAGGCGUGGACGAAGGCACUCUGCAUGGCCGACAGCGACGGCGAUGGCCAAACCAAUGGCCAAGAGCUCGGAGAUCCAUGCUGUGAAUGGAACGUGACCACGAACAACGUCGUUCGAUGGACUGUUGGCGUUUCGCAUCCCAGUGACGCAACCAAGAUUUCCGACCCGAGUUUGUGGGCGAAUAUCCAAUGCAGUACCGGAACGACG